GGCCCCAUGUCAGCCGGAGCAGGCAGCACCAGCCUGCCACGGCGCUGCUCGCAGCCGGAGCCAUGACCUUAACGAAAGAGAGCUUCCACGGGGCUCUCCUGCCCGCCUCUGGAGCGGCCAAGGCCGACAUGGAUGGCACCAGAGAGAAGGAGGAGGCUCCGAGGCAGGCAGUGGUGAGGACUGGAGCAGCGGUGCCCAAGAGGCGAGCGGUGGGAAGGCUGAUCAUGCACAGCAUGGCCAUGUUCGGCCGGGAGUUCUGCUAUGCCGUGGAGGCCGCCUUUGUCACGCCGGUGCUGCUCAGUGUAGGGCUGCCCAAGAGCCUCUACAGCCUCGUGUGGCUCAUCAGCCCUAUCCUGGGCUUCGUGCUGCAGCCCGUGGUAGGUUCAGCCAGUGAUCACUGCACCUGUAGCUGGGGCAGGAGGCGACCUUACAUUCUGGGUCUGGGCAUCAUAAUGCUGUUAGGCAUGGCUUUGUACCUCAAUGGGGACGUGAUGAUCUCAGCUUUCAUCGCUGAGAGAGACAAGCAGCGGACGUGGGCAAUAGUCAUUACCAUGCUGGGAGUAGUACUUUUUGAUUUUGCAGCUGAUUUUAUUGAUGGUCCAAUCAAAGCAUAUUUAUUUGAUGUCUGCUGUCAUCAGGAUAAAGAGAAGGGUCUGCAUUACCACGCCCUCUUUACAGGUUUGGGAGGAGCCCUGGGUUACCUUACAGGUGCUAUGGAUUGGGGUCAAACUUUACUAGGAUAUACCUUGGCAUCAGAAUUCCAGGUGAUUUUCUUCUUCGCAGCCUUGGUUUUCAUAAUCUGCCUUACCGUACAUCUGUGCAGUAUUGCUGAAGUCCCACUCAGAUAUGAAAAUGACGAGGCAAAGUUCUUGUUGGAAGAGACUGAACCCCAUAGAUACCACUCGAUAGAGGAGGAAAUAAGGAAUGGUCCCUUAAAAUCAACGUGUACUGAAAUAAAGGCUGCAGCCAAGCCAGGGAAAUGCGCGGCUGUGUCACGCACAGAGGAAAAGAGGCAGAUGACCCUUAAAUCCCUCUUGAAGACACUUUUAAGCAUGCCAUCCCACUAUCGCUGCCUGUGUGUGAGCCACCUCUUUGGAUGGAUGGCUUUCCUGUCCAACAUGCUUUUCUUCACGGAUUUCAUGGGACAGGUUGUGUACCACGGGAAUCCCUAUGCACCUCACAACUCCACACAUUACCUGACCUACAAAGCAGGGGUAGAGAUGGGAUGCUGGGGGCUGUGCAUCAAUGCAAUUUCUUCAUCAGUCUAUUCGUACUUGCAGAAAGUCCUUCUGCCAUACAUAGGAUUAAAGGGACUUUAUUUCAUGGGAUACCUACUUUUUGGACUGGGUACUGGAUUAAUUGGCUUGUUUCCCAAUGUCUAUUCCACUCUGGCUCUUUGUUCACUCUUUGGAGUCAUGUCCAGCACACUUUACACAGUGCCAUUCCACCUCAUUGCAGAGUACCACAGGGAGGAGGAGAGCCAGAAGCUGCAGGAAGGGGAGCAAGAAGGGGAGCACGGGCGAGGGAAGGGCAUCGACUGUGCCGCCCUGACCUGCAUGGUGCAGCUGGCCCAGAUCAUUCUGGGUGUGGGCCUGGGGCUCCUGGUGAGCGUGGCCGGCAGCGCCGUCACCAUCAUUUCGGCAUCCACAGUGGCACUGGCUGGCUGCUGCUUUGUGGCCUUCUGCAUUCGCUACGUGGACUAG